AUGUCUAGCACAGAAUUGGAUCACCAUCCGGCCCCAGAUACAGCCGAAAAGAAUGCGUUCUUCCCAUCUCCGUAUUCCUUAUCUAUUUACACGUCUAAAAAGACCGAUUACGAUGGCACUACUUACACUCACCCAUACACGGGUCACAAGAAGAUAUUGAUGAUUGCGACAGAUGAAAGAUAUCUCAAGAUGCAGAACGGCAAGUACUUUUCAACGGGGAACCAUCCUGUCGAGAUGUUGUUGCCGGUGUUCCAUUUGGACAACGCCGGGUUCGAGAUAGACGUUGCCACCUUGUCGGGAAGCCCGGCGAAAUUGGAAAUGUGGGCCAUGCCCACGGAAGAUAAAGCCGUCAUGGACACGUUUAAGAAGUACGAGUCAAAAUUGGAGAACCCUUUUAAACUUGACGAUAUUGUUGACAAGGUGUGCGGUCCGGACUCGCCAUAUGCAGGCGUUUUUGUUCCUGGUGGUCACGGUGCAUUGAUGGGCAUUCCUGAAAGCAAAUCUGUCAAGAAGGUUCUGGACUGGGUGCUGGAAGACAAUAAGUACCUCAUCACGUUGUGUCACGGCCCUGCCUGUCUGCUUGCCGCCGGCAUCGGCGAGAAGCCGGAAAACUUUCCUUUCAAAGGCUACUCGGUGUGUGUUUUCCCUGAUUCUUUGGACUCGGGCGCCAACCAGGAGAUUGGGUACAUGCCUGGCCAGUUGAAUUGGUUACUUGGUGACCGGUUGGAAAAGUUGGGCGUCAAGGUCCUCAACAAAGACAUCACUGGCAAAUGCCACAAAGACAGGAAACUUCUCACUGGUGAUAGCCCUUUGGCGUCGAAUAAUCUCGGUAAGUUGGCGGCGGAGACCUUGUUAGCAGACCCUGAAUUCAAGUAG